GUCCCGCUGCUCCACAUUGUUGCUCUAUCUCUGCUUAGACCAUCUACCCUGCUAGAGUUUAAAGACUUCGAAUCGUUGAGUAUGCACAUCCUACAGCUCAACCGUGAAUGCUUGCUUCACCUAUACUCUUUUUUGGAUAAGGACAGUCGUCGCAACCUGUCUCUCACCUGCCACCACCUCAGAGAGGUGUUCUUGGAGCCAAGCUUAUGGUGCUUGCUACACUUCCACUCCCCAGGCGAGCUGAAGAAGGACAACUUUGUGUUGGGUCCCUUCCUACACCACCUGUCCAUUAGCUGGCACUCCAGUAGGGUUAAAGUAUGCAACAUAGAGGACUGGAUGAAGACCAGUUUUCAAAGAGAAAUGUGCAGGAAACAUGAGAGAUUGGUCAGCUCAUUCCUGGACCGUGUCUGCAACACGUGCCCAAAGCUGAUCUCUCUGACAUUAUCAGGGUGUGGUCACAUCAUGGACAAUGAUGUGGUUAGCAUCCUGCGGAGCUGCACAACCCUACGUAGUCUACGGCUGGAGAACUGUGUCCGCAUCACCGAUUCUGUCUUGCAUGCCAUUGUUUCUUAUGGCCAAACCUUGAAGACAGUCCAGGUAGACUUCUGUCGCAAUGUGACUUUGGAAGGACUCCAAAUGGUGGAACUGCAGCGGCCCCUGCUCCAGAUCACAGCUGAACGGAGCGCAGGCAUGAUCCCUGACUGUCCACUGCCGAUCAAGCAUCCAGCAAACAGACAGACACUAACAGGUGUUCGGCAGAAGAUCCUUUCAUUCUCCUGACAAACAGUGCCAUCAGGAAUCAGGUUCCUUUCCAGGUUCAGAGGCACAUACCAUCUUGUUAGCUGAACUGUCAGCCAGUACUUUGAUUAUAGCUAGACAUGAGAACAAUCACUUCUGUUCCCUCAAUUUGCAUAUGGUACUGCAUGAAAGUCAUGAAAAGGAUUUGUAUUUAAUAUCUGAUGAAUACUGCAGUUUGUGCUUCAAAAUCAUAUCUUUCACAUGUUAGUCACUAAUGAAAACAGAAACAUAAAAACAAAAUAUUGUGUGGCAUUUUGAGCUUAACUAUAAAAUUGAGCAUACCUUUUAAUUUUUUAUUUUCAUGAAAACUCAGGGGACAUUGAGAUCACGAUAUUACAUUUAGAUUUAUUCAUUUAGCAAGAUGCUUUUCUCCAAAGCGACAUCAUAGAAAUGAACUAAGUACAUUUGAAUAGUAUACAUUGCAUAAAUUGACAUCCUCCAUCCUGCAUGGAUAAUUCAGACUAGUUGCUUUUCAUGGGUUGCUUCACAUCAUGUUCAUGCUGUGCAUUUAUGGUGUUUAUCUAUGUACCUGUAUCAGGAGUCAAUGGUUCUGUUUUCUACUUGCUGUCAGUCAUAUCCUGCUUGUUCCAUUGUCCAACACUGGUGGUGUACGAAACAGAGUCAGCAUAAAAGAGCCAGCAGACUGUUGUAUGUAGUCAUAACACCAGCAGUCAUUCCAAGAACAGUAUAC